AACACACACACACAAAUAAAUUAUACUUUUGAAGUCGUGCAUGAACGGGUUAAUUACAUUCAUUUCCAGUAGUCAGAGGCAGCGGCUUCUCGGGAUGUCACGAAUGUGGAGGAAGGGUGUGUCCGUCUGCCUACAUUGGGAACAGGUGCACUGAGGCAGGUGGGCGGGGGAGUUUCCUUUUUCCAGGCCGGGCAUGUUCCAACAUAUGCACUGACUGCACGUUAUCCGGGCAUGAAGCAACAGCGAUGUAGUCACCGCUGAUUCCACGCGAGAUGUGGAUUUGACAGUCUUUCUCGGAGUCCGUGCUCUCCCCUCGAUGUCUCUUCCGACCAAAGUGACGCGAGAUGGGCUACUGGAGAAGCGCAGCAGUGGUCUCCUCCAGCUUUGGAAGAAGAAGCGUUGCAUGCUGACCGACGAGGGGCUCCGGCUGCGAAACUGCAAGGGUCCCGCCGCAGACCACGCUCCGUCGCCGUGCGCGGCGUGGAGCUCCGGCUCCAGAGCCAAAGAGCUGCUUUUCGAACGCAUGGUGACGGUGGACUGCGUGGAGUACAAGCGGGACCUGGUGUACUUCACCGUAGUGAUGGCCACCGGAAAGGAGAUCGACUUUCGCUGUCCGCAGGACGGUACGGCGUGGAACGCGGAGAUCGCUUUGGCUCUGGUCCGUUACAAGAACCUCCAGGCCGUCCAGAGUGGAAGGAAGAGGCAAAUUUCCGCCGCGCACCUGGGCAGCACCGAGGAAGAGGACGAGGCGCUGUGACAAGCAUUUCUACAUGCAAGGAGUGAACCAAUAAGGACUUUCCAGUGUUUUUCCAAACGAGUGGAGGAUGAUGUCGAAGUGGUGCAGAUGCUUCCCGAGCUCCUUUAUGAACUUUUUCAUGCUGGCAUGCGAAGUCAGUUAAACUCUUCUAUAGCUUUUCUGUUGGUUCCAGCAGUGUGGAUAAUCCUAUGUUAUUGGGACAGCAACGCUUGGAUUCUUUCACCCUGUGUGCCUUGAAAUUUCACCAACAUACAGUACUUUACAAGAGUCACUUUAUGUCUUAAGUCUUUGCUUAUAGUGGGGAAAUGCUGUUUGACUGACUUGUUAAAAAGAACAAAAAACAUAUUAUAGACUGAUACGAUUUAUAUUAUUAUCUGAAGAUUAACAUGAAGAAUACUUAUUUUGUUUUUAUUCAUUGUGCAGUUUCUAUUAAUAUGAUGUAUGAUAUAAACAAACCAUUACUUUCACAGUUAAAGAGUGUUUUUUUUUUUUUUUUUUUUUAAGCCAGCCAUCUAAAUGAUAAUGUACUUGAGUCGUCGUCGAAUUCAGAACAUCUUGUUUUGAUAGAGAGACCCCUGGAGAGCUGAUUAGCUCAAACAUGUGAAACUUGACCGAGUCUCCCCAUCAGCCAGCUUCUAGUAUUAGCCAGCCUUAGCAGAUGUUGUUCAUUCAAGCAUUUUUUCCUGUGACACCAAAACAACAGUCUCUGUGUUAGUCUGCAGCUGAAUCGAAGUCAGAAAGGGAAAUGAGGCUUUCUUGUGCCAUAGACUUUUGGUAUCUAACUGUGGAAAACCCCAAAGCUAUCGCCACACCUUAUGAGUCAGCAGCAGGGAAACAACGGUAAGGCUAGAAGACACAAAGUAACAGAGCCUUCCUGACUUAACUAUAUCCUACAACUGUACUGUUUUAAGUACACAAAACAUGUUAG